AUGCUUUGCAGAGUAAUUUGCCCGUUGCAUACAAACUGCCGGUAUGCGGAAGUUGUUUUGACAUUUUUCGAACUCUAUUUGAAGGGGGGUCUUCGCACCGGUGAAUUGACGACCGAAGGUCAAAUUGAUGCUUACGAGCUGGGAAAAAAGCUCAAACAUUCUUACAUGGACCAACAGGCUUUUAUUUCAGGCACAUUGGACACGAAAGAGAUUUAAGAAGGUAUAGAAGAGUCAAAGAAGCUUCGUAAUCAUUUGGAGAUGAAACGAAAGCUAAAAGUGAUUCUUGGCGUGGACAGAUUGGUUGAUGACUUCAGACAAGAGGCAUUUCCUGGAGAUUGUCCGAUUUAUUUUGUCAGGGACGAUUAUUUGUCACGUCAACGGGCAAAGUUUCCAUUACCUCCGGGACUGGAUCUCCUACUUCCUGAAAUGCACCGACUUUCAGCCGAGGAAUUGUGCUACGAGUUGUUGGGCAGUAAGAGAUUGGGUGUCACAUCUCCCGUUGGUCAUGGCGCCUGUGUUUCAGAUGAUAGUGUGCAAGAUGCGCAAUUUCGAGAACUAUAUGCUUGUCACGACUCCACGUUGAUUCUGUUGCUGCUGGGUCUGGAAUGUUUUGACGGUCAGUGGCCACCAUUCGCCGCAGAUAUCAUUCUGGAGUUGUACUGUUCUAGCGAGUCACCUAGCCUCGAUUUGAGCCGUAAAGGAAAACCACAACUAACUGAGUGUCCGGACGAGACUCCGAGUCUUGUGGAACCCGAAUUAGAACAGCCCAUUGAUCCCAGUGAUCUCUGGAUUCGAGUUCUGUAUCUCGGCCGCGUGGUUCCUUUAGCCUGUUUAUGGAAACUAAAUUCAGUUGAUGUUGAAUUAACAUCUGACGGGUAUGUUCCACUGAGCGCUCUGGUAGACCGAUGGUCAGAGGCUUUGAAUUACAAGCCGCCACCGGAAGUGUCCCAGAAAUAA